AUGGCCACCGUCGAGUCUAUGCAGAAGCUCAUCCACGCUCGCCUCCCCGAGAGCGAUGCCCAGGUCACCGAGAUCAUGGAGGCUGAGAAGCAGCGUCAGCAGGAGUCUAUCGUCCUCAUCGCUUCCGAGAACUUCACCUCCCGCGCCGUUAUGGAGGCCAUCGGUUCCCACAUGCAGAACAAAUACUCUGAGGGUUACCCCGGAGCCCGUUACUACGGUGGUAACAAGUACAUCGACCAGAUCGAGACUCUCUGCCAGGCCCGUGCCUUGAAGGCCUUCAACCUCGACUCCGAGAAGUGGGGUGUCAACGUCCAGACCCUCUCCGGUUCCCCCGCCAACAUGCAGGUCUACCAGGCUUUGAUGAAGCCCCACGAGCGUCUCAUGGGUCUUGACUUGCCUCACGGUGGUCACUUGUCCCAUGGUUACCAGACCGACGCCAAGAAGAUCUCCGCCGUGUCCACCUACUUCGAGACCAUGCCCUACCGCGUUGACCUCGAGACCGGUUUGAUCGACUACGACAUGCUCGAGAAGACCGCUGUCCUCUACCGCCCCAAGAUCUUGGUCGCCGGUACCUCCGCUUACUGCCGUUUGAUCGACUACAAGCGCAUGCGCGAGAUCGCUGACCUCGUCGGUGCCUAUCUCGUCGUCGACAUGGCUCACAUUUCCGGUUUGAUUGCCGCUGGUGUCAUCCCCUCCCCCUUCGAGUACGCCGAUGUCGUCACCACCACUACCCACAAGUCUCUCCGUGGUCCUCGCGGUGCCAUGAUCUUCUUCCGCAAGGGUGUUCGCUCCGUUAACAAGGCCGGUAAGGAGGUCUUGUACGAUAUUGAGGACAAGAUCAACUUCUCCGUCUUCCCCGGUCACCAGGGUGGUCCCCACAACCACACCAUCACCGGUCUCGCCGUCGCUUUGGGCCAGGCUGCUACCCCCGAGUUCAGGCGCUACCAGGAGUUGGUCGUCUCCAACGCUAAGGUUUUGGAGGAGGAGUUCAAGCAGAGGGGCUACAAUCUCGUCUCUGACGGUACUGACUCCCACAUGGUCUUGCUCGAUGUCAAGGCUUCCAAGAAGGUCGACGGUGCCCGUGUCGAGCGUGUUCUUGAGCUCAUCAACAUUGCUUGCAACAAGAACACCGUUCCCACUGACAAGUCCGCUCUCUCCCCAUCCGGUAUCCGUAUUGGUACACCUGCUUCCACUACCCGUGGAUUCCAGGAGGCCGAGUUCCGCAAGGUUGCUGAGUUCAUUGACCGCGCAUGUGAGAUCGCUGUUGAGGUCCAGGCUGCUACUAACGGUGGUAAGCUCAAGGACUUCAAGGAGUUGUUGGGUGAGGGUGAGAACAACGAGAAGGUUCAGCAGUUGAGGAAGGAGGUUAUUGAGUUGAUCAAGCCCUUCCCCUUGGCCGCCAUUGACUUCUAAGCCUGGAGCUUGAGGACGGACGGAUGGCGUUCAU